AUGAACGAAAAGUUUAUCUUCCCUGACCAAAGCGAUGCUAUUGAAGAUAAGACACUUAUCAAAUUAAGAGAAUUGACAGGCCUGCCAAACAAAGAAUUAGAUCAAGAUUGCCAAACACUACUAGCAAGUCUGGAUAGCUGUGCUCCAAGUGCAAUUGUUCUUAGAAAGAUAAUAAGAAAGCAUGCAUGCAGCCCCAACGAGCAAUUUGACCUUUCCGUGCACUAUGCAACUAAUUUUAUUGAAGUCAUGGCAGUCCAUUUCCCAAGAAACCCUUUACAACAACAGCAAUUGGAAAGAAAUACUGCCUUCUUAACCACAAUUCCCAUUCUGCAUAAUCUGUUUGUAGAUUGCAGCGAUAUCAUUGAUAUGCAAUGGGUAGAAAAGCAGGCACCUUCUACAGGAGAAACUAAAUGGGACGGUAUUGCUUUCCAAGUCAACAAAAAGUCAAUCACUCCUCUUUUCGUAGAGCUCUCAGGUGGUAUUGACUUCAAUAAUGGGCCAGGAAAGGCCAAAGACUUGAAGCUAUACUUCGAAUCUCUGACAUUCUUUGAUGAUUGUUUUGUGAAACGCACACAUCUUGAAGCUGUCUGUCCCACCAACCCUGCCACUCUAAAAAAGUUUCUACAGUCUACCCCUUUGCUGUACAGAUAUCGUGAAGCUAUCCUUUGCUCAAUGAAAUGA